CCAUUUAAAGUUCUGGAUCUAUACUCUCUGGGGAUACACAUCUAAAACUAACAAACCGCCUAGCCAGACCGUGUCAUAAUACGAUGAAAACCGACAGGUAAAAAUGACAGGUAACGAAGCGUGGCCAUUGUUGACAAACGGAGAAUUGAGAUUUACCUUCCUACUUUAGCCAUGCACACACAGGUGUGAACACUGGGAGAAUUUCUUGAAUGAAAUAUUGUGUGUUGUUUUUUGACUCAUGUACGAAAAAAAUGAGGUGAAAUUAAUGCCGUGUGUACAGUAAUGAGACAGUGACUGUCGUAUGGACAUACAAAAGAAGGGGGUCAUCGUUUUUUACGUUAUGACGUAAUGACGUUCUGGUACUUUUAACUAUCCAUAUCCGGGAGGAAGAUUCUUUGAAAGAAAACAGUAAUGGAAAACAAGACCAAAAGCUGGAUUUUUGUGAUCUCGAUUCUCGUGUAUCUCCCGUCCAUUAUCUUAUCCUCCAAACGAUGCUACUACCCUGAUGGUCAGAUUAAAGGAUACUGUCACGACGAGAUAUUUUCCAGCCCGGGACAGGUCCGUUUUUCUGUGAUGGUGGGGGUACACAGUCCCCGCGAUGCCCAUUCCUGUGGUGACAUAUCCCCCGGGGGAGUCCAAACGGCCAUGGCUGUCAAAUGGAUCGUGGACAUUCUGAAUGGAGCGGGGGACUUCUCCAAAGCCUUCGUCCCGGGGAUUAGGCUAGGUUUUGACGUAUAUGAUGACUGUGGAAUCAGGUCACGUGCUACAGACGGCGUGUCGGAGCUGGUUCCUCUCACAGACACCUCAGUCUUGAUGAAGUGUGCACAGCCGUGUAAUACAUCCAAUUCAGAGUUCCUUGGUUUAAUGAGUUCGAGCACCAUGGAGGCCACAUCUGCUUCUCUUUCUGUGCUAUCCCCUAGCAUCACGGGCAUGACGUCAUUAUCAUCCUAUAAUGACAUCAACGACCGAAGGGUGACGUUUACUUCCACAGAAGAUGCAGAAAUUAAGGGAUUAGUGGACUGGAUGAGAGAGCAGAAGUGGUCAUUGGUAGCUGUUGUGUAUACGGAUGAUCAACGUAGUACUGCCAUGUAUGAUUCCCUUGUACAGCAUUCCAAAAGAGCUAAAAUUUGUUUAGCUCAUGUUUCGCUAAUAAAGGAAGAAGCGCUUUCAACUUCCACUAGUAAAGACAUCCUAGAGCCAAUAAUAGGCACACUGGAAAAGACACAGAAAAAGUUGAUGGAUGAAAAACUGAGUGUGGUGUUUCUCGGAAGGACGGACACAGCCAAAAUGUUAUUUCAGUUCAUAAAAAAUCGUGAUACCAAUGUAAUUGUUCACAAACUUCAAUGGGUGCUUCCUUCAAACAUUCAUUUGGACUUAACUCUCAAAAACACACUUAUUUCACAACAGAACCAGAACAUGCCAAAAGUCAUUAUGGUUGAAAAGCAACAUCAACAUCUGCCAUCCUUUCAAAACUAUUUCAUUGAUGAACUGAUAAAUUAUAACCAGUACGACAGCCUUCCUAGACAAUACUUGGAUGGAUAUGAACAGCAAAUGCUAGGUCGUAGCAAUGCGGCUAAAAGUGAUCUAACCAAGGUUUAUAGACAAACCGAAAGCGUACUACCCACUGUAAGUGCCAUCUUGACUUUAGCAUCAAGUCUUCGACAGAUGCAGGCAAAGCUGUGUACAGUUUCAAGAGAUUUCUGUCAGGAGCUGAGAUUCAGCUUGGCCAACGAAUUUCUUCGUUUGGACUCAUCCAACUUAGAACAGCAGAUAGGAAGUUUCUCUGUGAUCCCAGAGGAUUUGAAAAAUUUGACAAUAAGUAGUAGCAACUAUACAUUUUCUUUCCCGAGUUUUAACGAUCUUCAGUUUUCUGUGUAUGAGCCAUCUAAUCAGUCACUACACAAGUUAGCAAGCAUGGUGAACGGCAAAGUUGUUGUUCACGACCAAACUCAGACGAUGUCUCUUACGUCUGAAUGUAAGGCACAGUGUGAAGAAUGUCAGAACAAGGAUGACAUUGAAUUCGCCUAUAUUCCUGGAGACGUGCUUCUGUUGGGCAUAUUUUCGCUUCGAGAAGACGGAUCAACGUCUUCCACAGACUCAGCCAACAAGUACAACUGCGGAAUGUUCCGAGAUUCAUAUACUCCGAUUACCGUAUCUUCAUUUCUACAUUCUAUUUCUUCUUUACAACAACAGACUAUCAUCGGGCCAAAGAUUGGUGGAAUUGCUUUAGACGAUUGCUACAAUCCUUUGAGCAUAUCGUAUUUGUUGUCUGAACUUUUCACGGGAAAGCGUGUUUUGAAGGAUCCAAACACCGGAGAAAAUGUCGAUUUCCGUAAAGUGAUUGCUGUGAUUGGUGCACUAUCGAGUAAGGUAACCCAAGUGAUUGCCGAUCAGCUGACUUUACUAGAUAUCCCGCUGAUAUCAUACGGCGCAUCGUCUGCUUCACUAGACAACCGAAUUAGAUAUCCUUUGUUUUUAAGAACAGUGCCCAGUGACGACUUUCAGGUCCAAGGUUUUGUUGAUAUUUUAGAGAAAUUAAAAUUUAGUCACGUUGGAGUUAUUUACCUUGAUGAUGCAUAUGGCCAGAAUGCAAAACAAUCAUUUUUGCAAAUGACUGAACAUAAGAAAAUAUGUGUGGAAAACCCAAUGUCUAUUACAGAGGAUUUUACAUCAGAACAACUGCAGGAGAUCGUCGACAAGCUAACAAAACAAAGAGUCCAUGUCGUCCUCUUCAUUGGAAUCGACACAGUUGCAGAGAUGCUGUUAGACAAGCUAAAGACGCAGCUUACCGACGUUCAUUUCACGUUCCUGGCAAGUGAAGGUUGGGGGACGCACCCUAAGCUCAUUGAAGGAGGACAAAACAGUAGAGGAAUGGCUGCGGCGGGAACUCUGGUCUUUGUUACCCACGACAGCUUCUACGUGGAUGACACCUUUAAGCUGUAUUUAGAAAACCUAACCUCUCUUUCAAGCAACAGAAAUCCGUGGCUUGAUCAGUUUUGGGAAAACGUUCUUGAAUGCGAUUUUCGAGGAUCAUAUAACAAACGGUAUUCCAAAUCAUGUGAUGCUGGAGUACACUUUACGAGCGACCAAAUUAAUGCUUUUGCAUCAUUUCAGAGAAGUGUUCACGUUCAUCAUGCGACCUAUGCGAUUGAUUUAGCUUACAGGCAUGUCGUAAACGACAUUUCUUGCCAAAAUCAUUUUCGAACAAAAGAAUGUGCUGAUGUUUUUGUGGCUAGAAUAAAAAAUACAGAGCUGAUAUCCAAAAACGGUCAGAGGAUUAAGGUUUUCAAAGAUGACGGCAACGGAUUAAUGGGAUUUAUCGUAUAUAACAUUCAAGCUGUGGACCAAAAUAAAUACGAAUAUGUCAAGGUUGGAUCUUAUUCAUCCACAUCAAGGGAAAUGCUACAGCUUGACAUCACAAAAAUUAAAAUUUUCAAAGAAGGCAAUCCCCCAAUUCCGAUACCCAUACCAGAGCUGGGAGCAUCGUGUGAAGAGGCAACUACCUCUCGAGACAACUGUAGGGUCGUUUGUCCCGUAACAACAACAAUAACUACCACUGCAUUAGUGAAAACAACAACAGCUGCUUCUGAGUCAUCGGACAAUGCUUCCUUGUUAAAUAUAGUGCUUGCAGUCGUCUGUGGUGUAUUGUUGCUCUUCCUUAUCAUUAUAGUAGUUAUGAUGUGUAGACAACAAAGAAUGACAAGUGCUUUCUACAACAAAGAAAAUACAGUAAAAAGCCCAAGCCUCAGAAGUUUGGAAAUCUACGAUGAGCCAUAUAAAGACAGAAGGGUACGGACGACGUCUUUUGAACAAAGUGAGCACAAAUCGUCUUCGACAAGCGGUGUGGUAUCAAUAAGAUCAACUGCAGGACGCGGUGGUACAAGGAAUUUAUCUAAUGGGACUACCCAAAGCAUCAAAUCGCCAAUCAAGUAUUCUGAACUCUUGCAGCUAGAGGUUCCAAGGGCCGACACAUUGAAGUAUGGAUCGAGGGCAUCAGUUGCCACAUACCUUGAUCCGGCAAAUAACGAAGUUCCUAGAAUUCAGAUAACUCGCGACGAUAGUGAUUUACGGAAUUUCAGAGCCCCUGGUAUGGAACAAAUCCAGAGACAUCACUCUGCAAAUAACGUAGGCGAAUCUGAUUCAAAUCUUAACUACAUACAGGCAAAAGAUCUCGAAAUGGAAGACGAUGAUGAGCUCGCGCGACAAGAGGCUGAGUUAAACUAUCGACAGAGGGCGACAUCUCUGAAUGAAGGCAUGCAUGGACAGCCCACUCUGAUUCUAAAUCGUCCUAAUACACUUCCAGGUAUACCGUCCCGCUCUGAUAUGGGAAGCAGGGACCAAAUGCACACGCCAUCUUUCUCUGCGCCAGCGCCUAAUAGACACAUCUCUCCCAUGUACCUUGAUGCUGUGCAUGACUCACAAACCAGCGACCCAUCAUCGUACCCAACUAUACCCGUGCAUAUGAAUGGGCAUCCUAAUGGUUCGCAUCUUUUGAUGGUUUCACCCGGGAAUUACAUUCCCUCUUUCGGAUACCAGGGAAUCCCAACAUCUGGUUACCAUCCGGUGUAUAUUCCAACGGCCUCUCAUUCCAUCCAUGGCCAACCGAUAGCUUUUGUAAAUUCCCACGAUGCAAGACGUCCAAGGGGUUCAUCAUUUACAGCUGGCAUUACUGAGCAUCCAAUUCAUUUUAUUGACCCAAGUCAAGUUCAUAUCAAUCCACAUAGUGUUCACGGAGUAAGUGUCCAUAAUGACGGACAGACUGAAUUUGUAUCCAACACACUUCCGUCAUACAAAACCAGGAGUAAGGAUCAAAGAGAACAGUACCAUUCGAUGACGUCAAUGCCUGACGUCAUUUCACACGAGCAUGAAGAUGGUGUCGAAAUAAUGAUCUGAUACAUGUGUAUUGAAUCAUACAAGAUUUUUCAUGCUGUUAGAAUAAUACAGUUUUUUAAUCUCUUCCGAUACAAUCUGUAUAUUGGAAACCCUAUCCAAGAUUUUUAGCUUUUCCUGUUUACAGCUAAAACGUUUAUAUCUGCCAUACAUCUUUUAGAACAAAAUCCAUAUCUGGAAUAUUUUUAUGAAGACAUUUAUACGUUUUUUACAUAGUUGUAUUUAUGUUCAUAAUCGCUUCUUUAAAGGGGUUUAACCUUUAAAUUGUUGAUCAAUUUUAUCAUUUUCAUAUAUAGACAUAACAUACAAAAAAGUAUAAAAAGAGGAAUAAAAAUCUUUAAACUGUUA